GAGCACUCAUAUUGCUAUACCUACAAAUAUUUAUGAACAACAACAAGUGGAAUUAGCUUCUUUACAAAAAAUUGUUAAAAAACAACAAUCCGAAUUGGAUUUUUUACAUGAGCAAGUUUUAGAUGUGCAAGUACAAUUGGCAAAUGAGAUGCAAAAAUGCUCUGAUAUUUCUAAAG